ACGAAUGGAAUAGACCGAUCAAGGUAUGAUGUUGAAUAAGGGGAUGUACUUGUUUUCUUUUGCCAGGGAACUUAAAAAGAAAAGGCUGUCAAGAUGCCUGAGACUGGCGACGCAUCAGUUGUUCCCAAGAAAGGCCUGACACUCGAUGACCUCAUUGCGGCCAUCGACCGACAUGAAAGGAACCCGAGCAACAUCCCAAAGGUCGAUACUUUCCAUUUCUAUGGAGAGAGAGUCUUAGAAUGGCUAGAGCGGGUGGAACAAGCUUUGGUCGGGCGGCCGGAUGUUGUAAAGUUUCAACGCAUCCUUCAGUAUGUCCUCCACAGCUACCAUCAGGAGAUGAAAAAAGUUAUAGAUGCGGCUCAAGGUAGCUGGGAGAGGUUCAAGGAGGGGAUGCGGAGGAAAUACUGCAUGGAAGACGGGUUGUUGACUACCACGGACCUUGAAGCGAUGAACAAAGAGGAUUUUACGACUAUAGGGGCCUUUGUUCAAGAAUUUAAGAAGAGGGCGCGGAAGGUCCAUGGGAUUUCGGAGGAAGCACAGUGCGCCAUCUUCCUUGGGCUACUCACGGCAUCAGAGGCUGUCGAGUUGACAAGACAUGGAGGAGGUAGCACUAAGCUCACCUGGGCCACCAUUGACAGAGGGGUGGAAGUUGGGUGCUUGGACAAGGUGGAACAACGUCAGGUACGCCUACAAAGGCAGAAGAGAAAGGAAAGAGAUGCGACCGCUUCUGGGACCCCGGGAGUAACAAGGAUUGUAACAGACGUAUUGGCACAGCUAGGGUAUGCGACAAAGCCAGUGGUGCAAAGAAGGGUGGUGACGACUGUCAAAGUAAAAGGAAAAGAGUCAGUGAUAGAGGAGGCUGGCCAGGAGGAGCUCUGGGAAGAGGAAGAGCCAGUGCCGCAACAUCUGACGAAGGUCCAACGCAAAGGGGCGGGAACCUGGGGCAGGGCAAUCAAGGCAAUGGAGGGAGGGGUGGAGGAAAGGGGCGAGGCAGGAAUGGCGGCGGAAGAGGAAGGCAAUGGAAUGGCCAAGGCCAGGGGUACCAAGGCCAAGGGGGCCAAGGCCAGGGGUACCAAGGCCAAGGGAGUCAAGGCCAGGGGUACCAAGGCCAAAGGAGUCAAGGCCAGGGGUACCAAGGCCAAGGGAGUCAGGGCCAGGGGUACCAAGACCAAGGCGUAUCAAGGCCAGGGGGAUCAGGGAAGUCAGGGGUAUGGAAGACCCCGCUUUGACUGGAGGACGGUCAUCUGUCAACAUUGUGACCAACAAGGCCACACUAUAAGGUUCUGUAAUAUAAGGCGGGAAGACGAGAGAAGCGGGCUGAUUUCCUCUACUAUGGAUGGGGAUAUCUACGAUCAAUUUGGGGAGGCCAUUGACAAAAGGUUUGGAGGAGUGAGAGCUGAAGCCCAACGAAGAGCGGCAGUGGGACCACCGCCCCCUGCCAUGUUCAGGCUAUGGCAGGAAAAGGAGGAACCACCGUUUGGGGUGGAAGAAGUGGGAAGUAAUGAGGAAGUGACUCAAGGGCUACGAGGAGGAAGUGAGACGGAAGAGGCCAUAAUCAUCGAGUCAGAUGACGAGAAGAAGGAGGAAUUUCGAGAAGGAGGGUUGAUGUUAGGAGCGCCAGAUUAUGACGCCACAGAGACGCGACCCUUCAUUGUCGAGACGGAUGCGGGACCGACUGCCUUAGGGGGAGUUCUAAUUCAGGCAGACAUGGAAGGGAAGGAAAAACCCUUGCGAUUUGAGAGCCGGACUCUCUGUACGACGGAGAGGAACUACUCUCAGUUCAAGAGGGAGACCCUUGCUGUCCUCCAUUGUCUGCGAAUCUUCCGGAAUUAUAUCUUUGGCAGGAGGUUUAUUUUGAGAGUGGAUCCGACCGCCCUGACCUAUUCUCUAAGGAAUUACGUUCCAUCGGAUCCGAUGAUUGCCAGAUGGCUGACGUACAUCUGGAUGUUCAAUUUCGAAUUGGAACGGAUUCCUGGUAGUAAGAACCGGGCGGACGGGCUGAGUCGGAUCAACUGGGAUAAGCAGGAUGGGGAGGCGAUGGAGAAUACGCCCCCAGUUGAUGGAUUUCUGGAUCAGGAAGAAGAUGUUCGUCUUCAUAUCAACAAAUGGUCGCCGCGAGUGCCUAGCUGUGCAGACUAUCCUAUCUGGCAAGCGCCGAAGGGGUAUGAAAGAAUGAAUGAGUUAGUUCUUAAGCCCUUUGAAGAAGAGGAUCCCUGGGGCGGUAAGGAUGUUCAGUGGAUGAUGGAAUUAGCGCUGGCCAGCUCGCAUAGCCUGGUGGAGGAUAUGAGAACGAUUGAGGAAGGACCUGGCCAGGUAGAACGACAUGAGGACCUGAUGGGCGGAAUAUAUCUCCUCGUGAAUACGCUAUUGCAGGAAAGCCUAAACCAGUCAGGCUCGUUGAACCCGGCAGGGAAUGUGGACGAAAUACCGGAGAGCCAGGACGACGAGUUCGAAGAAGGGGAAAUUAAGGAGGCUUUUCGUGCAGAGGAGUACGACGGGAUCUACCUAGAGCCGGGGCUUCUUCUUUCAUGUGAAAUGCGGCUAAGAGAUGCGAGCGAUAGGGCUCAAAGGAUGCUGCAACGCUACCUAGUGCGAGACGGUCACCUUUUCGUGAGAAGGGAAGUGGGGAAUCCCAGGAGGGUCGUAUACGUCUACAAUGAUGGGGACAUCGAGCUAUUCCUGGACAAUUUUUGGGAGCAUGCGAGGCGUAUGGGAUGGACCGCCACUCAGGCGAUUGGGAGAUUGAGGGGAGCAGGUAGGUUCGAAGAGCCCAUUACCAGGAUUCGUAGGGAGGCGACGACGAGGCAGGAGGUGGAGAUAAGGAUGGAGGAGUUGCGACCCUCGCCUGUGGGACCUGAUGGCAGGCCGAUCCGCCUGGAAAUUGGAAAUGCGUCGGACUUCAUCCCCGCGUUUGAGUGGUUCAUGCAAGAGCAAGGCAUACAGAGAGAUGAUUGGAUGCAGACGCUACCACUCUGGACCAGGAAGGCGGAAAGGCCACUGGCUAUGCAGAUCAGGGACAUGGCACGAUAUUGGGAAAGCUGCAGGGCACAUUUGAGAGAGGCCUUUCGACGGCCAGAGCGCCCUCAGCCCCGAGUUGAGAGGCGGCAGAGGAGUCAGAGGCCGAGGGACCAUGAGCCCAGGGAGGCGAGACCAUCUCGAGGAGGACGGAAGACCCUAGCCAGGAGAGAGGAAGAGCCAGAGGAUGAGGAGCGAGGGGCAUACCUUGAGCGUGGGUUGGGGCCAGUGGAGUUCCAUCAUUUUACUGAGGGUGGAUUGAGGAGGUCGCCAGCACACACACAGGGGAAGCCACCAGCGUCAGAGGGGCCCUUGAGGGAAUUGGAGAUGCAUUUAGAUAUCUCUCGGUGGAGGGCGUCGCUUCAGGGUGAGGAACAUGGAGAGCAGGCAGAGGAGAUGUCACGAGAGGAAGUGCCGCGAGAGGAGGUGCCACAGAGGGAGAUACCACGAGAUGCCACGGGAGGAGGUGCAACAGGAAGAGGGAAGGAAGUGAUAGAGGUUGGAGAGGACACGCCCCCACAGACGCCAGCAGUGGGUUUGAGACUCGGGGAUGCACCAGGGAGCACCCGGCAGGCAAAUGAGGGGUUGCAGAGAGAGGAGACCCCUUUACCUUCGUCAGAAAAGGCUCCUUCGCUAGAAGGGAGGGUAGAAAGGAGGAGAGAGAGGACAACUGUAAGGAGAGAAGCUUUGAUCCUGAUUGAUAGGCACCUAGCGGCUCAUGCCCUGGAGCACCCAGACCUGGAGGAGCCAGCACCUGCAGAGCCACGCCAGGAGUCUUGCCAGCCCGAGAAGGAGAUGAAAGCAGAGAUCCCAAAGAGGGUCGACCUCCGCACGAGGGAAAGGGUGCCAGCUGGAGAGACGGCCGAAGAAAAGAGGGCAAGACGAACCAGGCGGAUAGAUGAGAUACGGCAGGAGAGGCAGAGGUUGGAGGCAGCUGGGGAGCUCCCGGAGCAGCAGCAGGAAAGGCAGAGAUCGGAGGCAGCAGAGGCACUCCCGGGUCAGCCGCCCAGCGCGCCACCCAAGGCCCCGGAAAUUCCUGAAAUGUGGAGAGACUUCUGGGAGCAGAGAGGAGAGGAGCUUCCAUCGCUAGUCACAGCCGGGUUUGGGGUGGCCAGGAAGGCGGAAGAAAGGUUAGAUCGUAAAAUCAAGUUCCUGGCCAAGACCACUUUUGACCGGCACUUGUUCUUGGAGGGCGAUCUGGCGGGGAAGAAAAUGAAGGAAGCCAGCCAUGGAGUACGUCUGGAGGCUAUGGAGGUGGAAAUUCAGGAACUUAGGGCUUUGGUGGCCAGCCAGGCAGCUAUCAUUGAGAGUCUGAGGCAGCAAACCCAGGGAAAGGUGGACAGACCAGAGAGCAGCCGGCAGGGAGAGCAGAGGCAGCCAGGACAGGGAUUGCCAGGACAGCCAUUUGUGACAGAGCCUCGCCAGGAGCCGCCUAUGGGGAGAGUUAUCCUGGAGCCAGAGGAGGCGAGAGCCCAGAGACAGGCGGAGAAAGAGGCAUUCGAGUUUAGAGCCCCUACUGAGCUCGCGACGCUGUCGGUGGUGGCGGCAGGCCCAGUCGUACCUUUGGUAGUAGAGGAGGGGCUGCCACCAUCUAGCAGUGAGCCGACUCAGGGCUCGGCAGAGGGAUCCAUGGGCGUGCUCCUUGAGGCGGUGCAUACUAUACAGGAGGAGGUGAGUUUGUUUUUACCUGAGCAGAGGAUAGAGGAGCCUCUUGAGAGAGAGAUGGGGAUUGAGGAGGAGGGUGCCAUCGAGGGCAGACUCCAGAGGAUAGGCACACCUGAAUAUGGACCAGAGGAGAUUGAGGAGCAGCCCACGGCAGUGCCAGGGGCGGCACUCGAGAGGAGGCCUCAGAGGUUGGAUACGCCCGAGUACGUUCCGGCGACAGAGGAUUUGAGAGGCAGACUAGGAUUUUGGGCUACUGAAUCUGGGUCUGGUGGACCAGUUCCGGGGACAGAGCGGCAGGAAGUCGUUGGUACCGCAGCUCCUCAAGCAGAGCAGCAGGGGGUUGUCAGUACCUUGGCAGGAUCUCCUUCAUCACCAYCUCCUCAGCCCAGGAAGARGAAGUUCAAGAGGAAGGUUGAUCAACUAUGUUUCUACUGCAAGAGGAGCKCGCAUCACGCUUUGGACURUCUCRAGUUUCUUGAGGAUAAGGCRGCAGGGAAGAUUUCAGAGGUAGGGGGUAAAAUGUAUGAUAGACAGGGUAGGAUAGUAGAGAAGUCCGCAGAUGGACUUAGGGCUCAGUUAUAUAGGCAAAACCAGGAAGAGUUGAGGAGGUAGGGACGACUUUGUCUAUAUAAGCGAGCGGGCAUUUUGUGAGGCAUCAAUUUAGGUUCUGUGUGAUACUCUCUUAGACUUAUAAGACAUUUUGAUGA